GCUAUUCGAGAUGAGUUGUUAAGACCCUGUCGAAGUGCAUCAAAAUGGAAGACCUCCCGAGUCCGCUAGAGAGCACCGAUCCUGUCAGGAAUGUUCGUGAGACUGUGAGCAAGCUACAAACACUGUCUGAGAAAGCCGUGGAGAGCAUGGAUAAAGCCUACAGAGCAUGCACGCGCGUCAAUUUCUUCAUGGGACUACUCAGAAGGAAUCCAAAACUGCAGGAAAUAAAAAGGACCCAGCAGGAUGUGCAUCGUUUUGUGACCAUUGCAGUUCCCUUGAUGACAGUGUUAAUGGAUGUCAUUUACCAGAAGGCAAUCAUGCAUCACCUCAGAGAAACUGAGGCGACAAUCCUCGAGGUAGUCGCGCAACUAAAGACGCUUUUGCUUAACCAAGGAGGAGGACGUCGACUUUUCAUUGAGCUGGAGUGUGUGGGACUAGCUAGUGUGGACGUGGCGGAAUGGCUAAGAGGGCGGCUGGCAGCGCAACCUGUGCCAUUCAAUUUGGCGGAUCACAAUGACCAGGUGCAACGCACCACCUCAUCAGGACGAGAUCCUCCUGGGCCAGGCUACCAAAACCAGAGAUACCAAGUGGAAGCUGCAGGUGGAGAUGAAAGAUGGCGUGAGCGUCACGCUCCUCAGUACCUUGUAGGAAUGGACGAUCACCUGCGAAAACUGAAGGCAAUGAUCAUGGGCUCCGGCGCAAGCAGGGUUGUUGUUGGAGGAGAGGGAGGAACUUCAAGAUUGGUAGGUGUGGCGGGAAUGGGAGGGAUAGGGAAGACCACCCUCGCAAAACUCGUCAACAACGACACGGAAAUUCGGGAGCACUUUACUGAUGGUGUGUUUUGGGAGGUAGUUGGAUUUGACAGACACCGAGCUAACCCUUCUGCACUAGAUGUGAUGAAGAGUCUUCACCAAACUCUCCACAAAGCCUUUAAGUCUUCCAAAUCACGGCCAGAAGAUUUCAAUCCCCUCGAUGUGGAUGAUGGAAUUGGAAAACUUAAAAAGGCGCUGCAAGGGAAGUGUGUGCUGCUGAUAAUUGACGACGUUUGGAAGAUCGAUAGCAUUGACUGGAUUCAUGACGUGAUUUCCGAUACCGGACGGGUGCUCAUCACAACAAGGAACGAACAGGUUCUUUCGAGGCCAGGUGUCGGAGUUCACAGACUGGGAUUGCUAGACGACGACUCGGCACAAGAGCUGUUCCGCUGGUAUGCUUUUUGCCGUUUUCGGGCCACCGGGCAUAGGGUCCCACCCAAUUUAGAACCUCUUGUGGUGGAAGUCUGCCACGAGUGCAAGGGACUUCCUCUCGCUCUGAAGGUCAUUGGGUCCUCCAUGUCCGGAAUUUUCGACAGGGAAGAGUGGCGCCGAGUUUUGCACAAAUUGAGGACUGCCACGCCCUUGGAUACCCCGGCCUUUAAGGAGUCUUUGAUGGCCGUUUUAACCGCAAGCUUUACCGACCUCUCUCCUGUAUUGCAGAACAUGUUCCUAGACUUGGCCACGUACCCAGAAGACUGUGAAAUUCCAGUUGCCCCAUUCCUAGAGAUGUGGGCCACUGAUGCAGGUAUUGAAGACACAAAAGAGGCAGAGUGGUUGCUGAAGCAACUUGAGCUCCGCUCGCUGAUCACACGCGACCGACCAAGUUUCAGUGAGGCCAUACCUGCACCGAAAUUUCCAUUUCCUGGUACAUGUGGGUCCUGUAGCGUUCACGAUGUACUUCGAGAUAUGGCACUGCAGAUUAUCAGGGAUGGUUGUGGCAUGCUACAGAGGAAGCGGCUGUAUAUCUCACCCUUGGAGCUCCAGCAACUACCUAACUUUUCUCAAGGACACGCACGAGUUGAGGCGAAGGUGAUAUCCUUCCUCAAACCGAAAAUGAGGAGGGACAUCUCACAUCUGCAGGACAAGGGUCACGACGACUCCGAAAUCCAAAUUGUGGAAAGGUUAUUUGCAGGCUGUGAAACCCCAAAUGUUGAAAUGGUCUUUAUAGGCGCUGCUAACCAGUUCAGUGCGUACUGUAACUCCUCCAUGACACUUGCGAACACUAGAAGACAUACUACGGUGGACACUAGAAGACAUAGUACGAGUAGGCCCACAAUAAACCGGAUUCUCGGGGCACUCUGCCGGCCUUCGUCCACCCUAAGAGUUUUGUGGUUACCUGACUGUGGCUUUGAAUGCCUUCCAGAUGCCAUCUCCUGCCUGAAAGGCCUUCGGUACCUCGGACUCCCAGGUUGUGCUGAUCUCAAAUCACUCCCUGAUUCCCUUGGCGAGCUGGAAAGUUUGCAGGCGCUGGACUUGUCGGGAUGUGGGUCCCUUCGGCAGGUGCCACCAUCGAUCGGGAACUUGAAGCACCUAAAGAGUGUGUCGUUCAUUGCCGAAGAGAGUGCUUUGCCGAUCGUGACCUCGGAGGACAGAACCUCCUCUGAUAUUCAUUUUGUGAACCUGAUGUUCGAUCUGCCGUGUCUCGAAACCCUUCGCUUGCAAGCUCUGGACAAAGAGUGGGACCAUCUCCGAUUGGCACCUCUCGCUAACCAUUGCGAAUCACUCAGGGAACUGUGGAUUGUGCUUGCGGUGAUGGUUGAAGACAAUGUGCUAUGCGGCAAAGGGGCUAGCCAGUAGGGCGAAAAUAGGGGACAACAGCGGUGGAGAUGGUGGCUCUACCACAAUAAGUUUUGUCGCAGUAAAGUUGAGAAGGUUUG